UUGUUUUUUGACAAGAAGAUAUUCCAAGGAAAUCGUGUCAUAAAGUUUGUGAACAACAAAAUGGACGCAUUUUGUUCGCCGAACAUUGAACCUUUUCUGGAAGUCGAUAAAAUAGGAAUGUUAUGGGAUAGGCCAAGACCUGACCAGCAACAUCUCAAACAAAACGUUUUCACGUUCAAAGACGAUCAUGUUGGCAUAUUGAAGCUCUUUCCUGGAAUCACUGUGGAAACAGUGCGAAAUUUCAUACAACCGAAGAAUCAAAAGAACACCUACAUGAAAGGCGUAGUCCUAGAGACCUAUGGAGCAGGAAAUGCUCCUACUAAUACAGAUGAGCCUAGCAUUUUAAAUGAAUUGAAAAAAGCAAUUGUUGGCGGCGUGCUGAUUCUAAACUGUACGCAGUGUGUAAAAGGAGUUGUUUCAAGUGACUAUGGAACUGGAAAAGUUUUGCUAGAUGCCGGUGUAAUUCCAGGGAGAGAUAUUACAUCUGAGGCUGCACUGGCAAAACUUCUCUACGUCCUUAGCAAAUGGGAUCAGAACGAAGAACAGCGAGAAAUGCUGAACAGUAAUUUUCGCAAUGAGAUUACUCAUAAUUGAGUAACUUAUUUUUAUAAUUUUGUAAUAAACUGUUUUAGAAUCCAUUAAUUUUAUUCUAAUCAUAUAGUUAUCUUUUUUGAAUACUAAAACGAAUUUUCAAAAUAAUUUGUACUAUUUCGUAUAUACAGUAAUAUAAUUUCUUGAGUUAUCGAUUGAAGUUUUAUUUUUCUGUUUUAUUAAGAAAUAUUUAUCCUUUAAGACUAGGGCCUAUAUUAAAAAUACAACAUAUUGUUGUAUUACAGUAAAUGAAUACUACUAUACUUAAAAAAAAUAAUAUUUUAAUUCUGGUCUUUGUGUCUAG